AUAGCAUGCAAGAAGCAAGUAGUGUGUGUAGCGCGAGAGUGACGACGUUGGUACCCUGCGAUCGACUCGAGUCCAGAACACCCAGGCCUCAGGCAUAAAUGAACGCUGUUUUGAUGCCUAGGAGGUAAGGCAGCAAUAAGCGCGUAACUCACCUGCUUCAAACUCCUGCCGAUUUAUUAUUGCCCUACAUCCGUCCUGCUCGAAACCUACCCUCACCACUCCCUCGUUGCGUUCCAAUCCAUUUCCUCCAAGCAAGAGAAUCGCAUCGCACUUCUUGGACCAGUGACCCAUUUUGCAGGACCCUCCUGCCCCCCCUGCGCUGGUCGACGGUCCAUUUCCUCCGUUCCUUUUUCACCCAAGCCCAAGCUUGCAGGUUCGCUCUGAUCGCCGCAACACAUCACAAUGUCGUUCAACUUCGGCGGUGGAGGUGCCACUGGAGCUUCCAACACAAAUCUUUUCGGUACCGCUGGCAACACCUUUGGUUCCAACAAUCAGACGAGCUCGAACACUGGAUCAGGUGCCGCUGGUGGUGGUCUUUUCGGAAAUGUAGGAGCCUCUGCCACCAGUGGGAGCGCUUCCCCUUCGAUGUUUGGUACAGCUACUUCCGGUGCACAGAGCCCCUCAAUGUUUGGAAGCGCUGGCGGCGCUACUGCUGGGACUCCUGGAGCAUCUUCGGGCUUCUCUUUCGGCUCCAAACAGACGACAGGCUCGACCACUCCCGGACAGACAGCUACCAGUGGGCUCUUCGGCGGCGCCGGAGCUGCAAAGUCCUCAGGUAGCUUAUUCGGUGGUGCAUCCUCAGCUACCCCAGCUCCAGCUGGCGCAUCCUUGUUCGGAAACACCUCAACUACUCCCGCUGGUCCUCCGCCAGGAUCCAAGACAACUCCAUUGUUUGGAGGACUGAAUGCCGGCUCUUCUACUACACCAUCGUCCACCACCGCUGUCUCCUCUACUACACCCGCUACCUCGCAAUCACAGUCAUCCGGCAGCUUCUUCGGCGCCGGUACCACUCCCGCCGCCUCAAAGCCUCUGGGCUUUGCCCCGGCUCCGUCUAGUGGUGGUAGUCUGUUUGGCAAUGUCGGUAAGCCAGCCGAGUCCAGCGCUCCCAGUGCCACUGGCGCGCCCGCUUCGAAGCCACUUUUUGGAGCCGCAGCACCCACUCCUAGCGGCGACACAACCCCCAAGCCUACUUUCUCUCUAGGUGGAACACCCGCUGCUACCGGUGAGGCCCCCAAGUCUGCGUUCUCCCUCGGCGCAGCUCCCGCUGCUAGCGGCGAUGCAGCUCCCAAGUCUGCAUUCACUCUCGGUGGAACUCCAACUGCAGCCCCGUCUACUACGGCCUCAUCCACUGCUACUCCACAAAAGUCGCUCUUCCCCAGUCUGGGAGGAGCCACUUCCUCAGCCGCCCCAUCGUCCACAGCAGCCGCACCUGCUGGAGGCUCACUGUUCCCUACUUUAGGCGGUGCUAAAUCUACAGCUGCUGCUGCUACGCCCGGAAUUACGGCCUCUGCCGCCGCCACUACUACGCCUGCGGCUGCACCCAGCCUAUUCCCUAAGCUCGGAGGUGAUAAGCCUUCCACUCAACCCGCCACUACCACUGCCUCGACGGCCACACCGGCCUUGGGUGCAACUGCUACUACUACAACAGCCGGUACUGGCGCGGCUACUCUUGGCCAGUCGACCACUGGUCCUGCUCCCCCAGCGCAGUCUCGUCUGAAAAACAAGACCAUGGAUGAGAUCAUCACUCGGUGGGCAACGGACCUGACCAAGUACCAGAAGGACUUCCGUGAACAAGCCGAGAAGGUGGCUGAGUGGGACCGUAUGCUGGUGGAGAAUGGUACCAAGGUUCAGAAGCUUUAUGGAAAUACUGUCGACGCUGAGCGAGCUACCCAGGAGGUUGAGCGUCAAUUGGCAUCCGUGGAGGGCCAGCAAGAAGAGCUGAGCUCAUGGCUUGAUCGAUACGAACGCGAAGUCGAUGAGAUGGUUUCCAAGCAGGUGACCCCUGGCGAGCAGGGUCCUGACCAAGAGCGCGAGAAAACAUACAAACUGGCCGAGAAGCUCUCUGAGCGUUUGGAUGAGAUGGGCAAGGAUCUCACCAGCAUGAUCGAGGAAGUCAAUGGGGCCUCUGCAACUAUCAGUAAGACAAACCGGGCCGACGAACCAAUCUCUCAAAUCGUCCGUAUCCUCAACUCGCAUCUUUCCCAGCUGCAAGUCAUCGACCAGGGAACCUCAGAGCUGCAAGCCAAGGUUGCAGCUGCCCAGAAGGCAGGACAGUCAAUCUCCUCGCGCCUUGGUUACGGCUAUUCCAGCCCUGGUAUGGGCAAUGGCAAUGCCGCCGAUGAUUUCUACCGUUCCUACAUGGGCAGACGGUAGAGGGAUGAUUUCAUGGGUGACUUAAUGAUUCUUCGAUUACGGGGUGUCGAUUGACAGAUCUUUCGAUAGGAAAGGAAUGUUAUCGAGGUAAAUUUCUCUGAUCAUGUACUUUGCCUUGGACUGUCCAAGGCCUAACUAGUAUCCUGGGGGAUGUUCUGUGUUUGUUCUAUAUCUCUGGAUCGGGUAUGGUCCUUUGGUUUCUAGUCAAGGAAGUUGAGGGGCGUAAUUCAAAACAUUUGGGAUGCUCUAUGUGCAUGUACUGAAAAAAUCGCGGAGUUUUUAUGAAGCA